ACAAACACCAACAAGAAAACCAAACAACAAAAAUAUAAUUUUUUUUUAAAAAUAAAAAUAAAAAUUAAAGAGAGGAGGAGAGAGGGUCUGCAGAUUAAGCAAUCUCUCUCUCUCCCAUCAAAUCAUCAUUUCACUAGCUAACGUUUGACCUACAAACAAAAAACAAAAACAAAAUCUUUGUAUAAAAAAAGUAUAACGUACAGAAGAUCAGAAUUCAGAAGAAUCAUAUCAGAACCCCCUUUUCUUCACAAUCCAAUAUAAUUAUCCUGCAUUAAUUCUCUGCAAUUUUUCCUCAUUGUUUUCAUGAAAAGCAGCUUAGAUUCUUGAAAGUAUAAAGGAAAGACAAUAAUGAGUAAGUUUUGGGCACUUUCGUCGACUCCCGACUCGCCUUCCUCGUCGUCUGGCCCGUCUCCGGAACAAGCGUACGAUGAUUCGGCUUUAGAAGGCGUGGCGGCGAAUGUAAAGCUAUUGUUGAAGCUAAUCCAGGACCACAAAGAUGCGUGCAAGAAGGAGAAGAAAGAUGGGCGGAGGAUGCUGAGGGUGGCGACGAUGAUGACGAUUCUGGACAACGUGAGGACGAGGAUUCAGAAGUGCCAAUCGUUCGGGACCAAGAAGCCCGAUGUUGUCCUGUCGGAGGUGCCGCCGCGGCGGAGCUACACGGAUCUUAGGGCGGGGAUGAGGCGGUGCCAUCAGGAGGCGGCGGGGGGCGAUGAAGAGAAUGCGAGGCUGAGGAGGGAGCUGAACGCGAGCACGGCGGCAAGGAAGAGCAUGGAGAUCAUGUGCUCUAGCCUGGGGAAAGAGAAGGAGAUCAUGGCGGCGGAGCUGUCGCGGAAAGCCCACGAAUUGAACGGAAUGGAGGAGCUCAUCAAUGAUCUAAAAGCCCAAAACCGGACAUUGUUGGAGAAGGCACAUGAACGUGCGUCGGAGCAAAAAGAGCAGGAUAAAUCGAGCAAUAGCAGCAAAGGAUCAUCGUCAGAAGAGGAUAUGCAGAGAAACAUGGCAUUACAUGAGCGAAACAAGACACUUUCGGAGCAAGUGCAGAUAGCCCUGGACGGGUACAGAUCCAUGAAGAGUAGACUAAAGGAAGCGCAAGAGGAGAACGCGGCGAUGCGGGCGACGAUGGAGGAGAUGGGGGCGAAAGUGUCGGCCAGCCUAGAGCGAAUCCGCGGCUUCAAGGAGAAAUUCUCCAUGGAAGAAGAAGAAGGAGAAGAAGAAGGCAACAUCCAGGGAGAGAUAGCGGAGCUGGAGCACAUGUUCGAGUGCUUCGAAAUGCAGGUUUCCAAACAUGGCGGCGGAGGGGUGAAAGGGGAAUGCGUUAAACCCAAAGGAGGAGGAGAGAUUAUCAAUCCUCGCAAGCCUUCAGUUCUAGCAUGAUUCGAUUCGAUUCUAGCUAGGAAAUGCAUAUAUGUGGAUCGAUCAAUUGCAUUUAGAUUUCAAAUCUAAGCUAAGCACCCAAGAACAAUACAGUUUUUUGUGUUGGUGUUGGUGUUGUUGGUGUGUAAUAAAAUGGUGUGAAUGAAUGUAUGAAUUAAUAGGAGGAGGUGCAUGAUUAGUGACAUUAUAUAUAUUGUCCAAGUCAGGACACGAGCGGUCUCACCGCUCCAAAUUAGAGUGUAAUCAUAUUAUGAUUAGUCACAUUGUGUUCAUAGUGAUUUGUUUUAUAUUUUA